GGAAGAGUGGGAUUGAAGAGGUUGACAUAUGAUUGAAGAGUAUGCCCCAAUGACAUACUCGUCGGGUCCUCCUGUCACGUGAGUUCUUUGCUUAUUCCUUUUCUUUCCUUAUAAUUUACUUUCAAAGCUUUUUUUAAUGAUGUAAUGCAACCAAUGGUUCUCCUCUUAAAGGAAUGAGAAGAAUAAUAAUUUCUACUAAAUUUUAUUUGCAAAUAUCAUUCAACGAGCGGGCCACCUUGUGGAUGGAUAUCCUUUUCUCCUAUAGUGUAAAAUUUCAUACAAUCACUUAAAAUAGCCAUUUAGCAUUUUUUUUUUCCAUUGUCAGCGAAAGAAGAACAAUAAGAAAGCAUACUCUUUGACAGACGAAUUUAACCAUCAAUGCAAAAGAAAUCAUUUUAUGCAUUCGAUUAAUAUGAGUUCGAUACACAGUAUUUUUAUAUCACUUGCAUUUCAUAAAUUUCCUGUUUACGUUAAAAUCACAUAAUUGAAGUGAUGCUGAACAUUACUUUAAUAUCUUCCACGAAUCCUAAGUCCGCACAUUGAAGUACCCACACUUCAAUCCUUCUUCUCCCUCCAUUCUAAGUACUACUGUUUCUCUCCCAACUACACUUCCAUACAUUCACAUGUUUGGCGCAACCAUCUCUUGGUUUUCAGGUGGGUGCACAAAACACAAAGCAAUCUCAGAGUCAAAGAAACACCGACUUUCCACCGAUUUUGAUUCUAUUAGUUUUAAUUAAACUUGCCGGUAUAACUGGACAAACCCAGAUUGAAACAACAUGGCUUCUGAUGGAUGAAUAAUUUUGAAGUUCUUUUCACUCGGCAAGACAUAAUUUAAUAUCCAAACACACAACUUACUGACAAUUGCUGUUAAACUUCUUUUUUCGGGGGACAUUAAAGAUGGGUGAGAAUGCUGCCACCAAUAACGACCAUAACCACCAGCACCGCCGCCACCAAAUUGGUGACAUGUCCAUUGAAAUGCUGCCUCCGUGUGUCUCCAGACGCUCUGACGACGAAGGCAGCCGCAAAAGAACCGGGAACGUAUGGACGGCCAGUGCAAACAUAAUAGUAGUGAUGGUAGGAACAGGAGUGCUUUCGCUGGCAUGGGACAUUGCUCAGCUGGGUUGGAUUGCGGGCCCUGCUGUGAUCCUAUUCUUCUCCCUUGUGGGCUACUACACCUCUUGCUUCCUCUCUGAUUGUUACCGCACCGGCGACCCUGACAAUGGUCAUCGUAACUCCACCUAUGUGGACUCCGUUCACUCGAUUCUUGGUGGAGCCAAAGUAAAAGCAUGUGGUUUUCUUCAAUAUAUAACCCUAUUCGGAAACGCCAUUAGCUGUAUCGUCGAAGCAUCUCUCUGCAUGAUGGCAAUAAAAUAUAUGAAUUGCUCCCACGAGAGUAACUGGGAGAACCGGUGCUACAUUUUAAGCAAUCCAUAUAUGAUCAUCAUCGCCGUCACAGAGAUUCUGCUGUCCCAGAUUCCAGAUUUCGAUCAAAUACGGUGGAUUUCUGUUGUGGCUGCUGUCAUGUUCGUCACUUACUCUUUAAUUGGUCUUGGCCUAGGAAUUGCCCAAGUUGUAGAUACUGGAAGUUUCAAGGGUAGUUUUAGAGUAAUAAGCGUUGGAGAUGGGACUGAAACCCAAAAGGUAUGGAGGAUCCUCCGAGCUGUUAGAGGUAUCGCAAAUGCGUACUCAUUUUCUCAGAUCCUCAUUGAAACUCAGGACACCAUCGGAUCUCCGCCAUCAGAAGCAAAGACCAUGAAGAAGGCCAUUUCUCGGAGCACCGCAGUGAUGACGACUAUCUACAUGCUAUGUGGCUGCAUUGGGUAUGCUGCUUUCGGAGAGGCCACUCCAAUAAAUUUUCUGAUGGAAUUGGCUUUUUACAAGCCAUUCUGGCUUCUCGAUAUUUCCAACGCUGCUAUGGUGAUCAAUCUCGUUGGAGCUUACCAAGUAAACAGCCAGCCGAUAUUUGCCUUCGUCGAAAAAUGGGCCGAUCAGAGAUGGCGUGGUAGUGAGCUCAUCGCUAAAGAGAUAAAGAUCCCGGUACCGGGCUUGGGCCAAUACAACAUGAAUCUCUUUAGGCUUGUUUGGAGGACGGUUUUCGUGAUCCUGACCACUGUGAUAUCGAUGCUAGUGCCGUUCGUCUUCAACGAAGUUGUGGAUAUCAUCAGCUUGGGAUUUUGGCCUUUAAUGGUCUAUUUUCCCGUCGAGAUGUAUAUUAGACAGAAAUCAAUUGACAGAUGGAGCCGUAAAUGGGUAUACCUGCAAAUGCUGAGCAUGACCUGUCUUGUGAUAUCGAUCAUGGCAACUGUGGGUUCGAUCCCCCAACUUAAGGACGACCUUAAGGCUAAUCGGCCAUUCGGGAUGAGCUACUAAAAGUGCAUGGACCUUUGGUUGAUCGGCCAUUUCAGAAGAAAAAAUUACUAUCAUGGAAGUUUCAAGUUUCAUUGUUUCGUAUGGAAUUACGAACUCUGUAUCUUAUAUCCAUUGCAUAGGAAUAUUUGCUUUUUAUGCAAGUGAUGGUCGCACAUUGUCCUUUUGUUUUAAAAGAAAAAAAAUCUGAAAAUUUCGGUUUAAGUCACCACGUUCAUGUACAUUGGGUUAGGCUCCAUUCAUGUGGUAAUAGGUGUGCCGGCCUC